CGGAAGUGACGCACUGGACUUCCGCCGCUGUCAAGGGCACCGAACAGUGCUGUUAGCCACACUGAGCAGCCGUUGGUCGCACGUGUACUUGCCAAAAGUCGACAGGGUUAAGGUUUUUGGUAUCAACUCCGGUAGAAAUGGACGGCUUUGGUUCAGACUACUCGUCGGGAGGAUCUGGCGGUAAAAUGGACCCUGGUGUCAUCAUGGAGCAGGUCAAGGUCCAGAUUGCGGUGGCUAACGCUCAGGAGCUGCUGCAGAGGAUGACGGAGAAAUGCUUUAAGAAGUGCAUAGGAAAACCUGGAAGCACGCUGGACAACUCCGAGCAGAAAUGCAUCGCGAUGUGUAUGGACCGAUACAUGGACGCGUGGAACACCGUGUCCAAAACGUACAACUCCAGGUUACAGAAGGAAAGGGCUCGUAUGUGAUCGUCUCUUUAUUCACCCUUCCUGGAGCUGCUGACCGUCGCCGAGGUGCAGCACAGACCAGCCGUGGAGGUGACGAGCUGUGCCAGGCAGCAGCACAUCAGCAGCAGCUGUUGUCCCAAAACCUCACAGACAGGCAAGAGGGCCUGUGGACUCUCAACAAUAUCCCCGUGGACACUUUCAGUUUGCUCCGAGGAACAGUCCUGUAACAAAUGUGCUUUUUUUAAAUAUUAAUUAUAAUUUGAAUAACCUCAGUUAGGAGAUGGGUGUAGACGUGAGACAUGAAAGGACCUUUGUGUUGCCCAGCGUAUCCCAGCUGACAUUUUACAUGCAGGGAUAUGCUGUAACCCUGAGUGCUGAAAAACAUUAGUUUAGAAACUAUUAUACUGAUCAGUUUGUUGCCUAGCAUCGCGUCAAUAUACCUGUCAUGCAAUUAGGGUUGAGUCUUUUUUGUCUGUAUAAUAAGGACACCUGAUAACUGUACUGGCAUCUCUCAAUUUCUACAGCUGCUCCUUAAACACUGUCAGCAGUGUUUUAUUUUCCAUUCGCUUCACUGUGAAGCCAUAGAGACUCAUUUGUGCAUAGAGAAUAUAGGUGGCACAACCGGAGCUCUUAAGGGACCCUACAGGGUUUCCCUAACUUGCUCUUGCGCUACUUAAAAAUCACCAGGAAUAUCCAGGGUGCAUCCUGGUGUUUUUAUAGCUCUGAACCUGACAUUCACAGGCCUUCAAACAGUCCUAUAUCAAAGUACACCUGGAGAACAAAACUGUUUUGUCUGACCUGUUUUCUGGUAGUCACUCUAUCUGCUGCCCUCCACAGUAGCAGGCUUGUUUCAGCGGGGUCUGCCUUGCUGUCGACUGGGUAGUGAACCUUUCUCAGCUUUGUCAGAUGUCUGGGAACCCAAAACGUUUUCUUCUCCCCUAUCCUACUCGGUCUGAUUAGGGAAGUAACAUCCAGAAAAGCAAAUGAAUGUGAGUUGUACUGUGAUGCAAGGUAUGGCUCUGAGCAACUGGAGAGAUUUUCAUCAGGAAAUCAUUAAAUCCUGUCAAUCACA